CGGACAAGGCAUUCGGAUCCCUGCGCGGGGUAGGGUGCCUAGAGGUGACGUAACGAGAGUGCCCCUUGUCCCAUACGCGGAGGCUUGUGCUCUUCCUGAGCAGGUCCUUGCUACCUCGGGUUCGCACUGAUCGCUAUGGCCCAGCCGCCGCUUGAUGUCCCAGAGGACGACUGUCUACCUGAAUACCGCCAUCUCUUUAGCCCCGACCUGCUCCAGGACAAAGUCGCCUUCAUCACAGGCGGUGGCUCUGGGAUCGGGUUCCGGAUAGCUGAGAUUUUUAUGCGGCACGGCUGCCACAUGGUCAUCGCCAGCAGAAGCCUUCCGAGAGUGUCAAUGGCUGCCAGGAAGCUGACUGCUGCCACUGGCCGGCGGUGCCUCCCUUUAUCUCUGGAUGUCCGAGCUCCUCCAACCAUCAUGGCUGCCGUGGACCAGGCCCUGAAGGAGUUUGGGAAAAUUGACAUUCUCAUAAACUGUGCGGCUGGAAACUUCCUAUGUCCGGCCAGCGCGUUGUCCUUUAAUGCCUUCAAGACCGUGAUGGACAUUGACACCUUGGGGACCUUUAACAUGUCUCGCAUGCUCUACGAGAAGUGCUUUCGGGAUCAUGGAGGAGUGAUUGUGAACAUCACUGCGACCCUGGGUGCCCGGGGGCAGGUGCUCCAAGUGCAUGCAGGCUCUGCCAAGGCGGCCGUGGAUGCAAUGACGCGGCACUUGGCUGUGGAGUGGGGUCCCCAGAACAUCCGUGUCAACAGCCUUGCCCCUGGCCCCAUCAGUGGCACAGAGGGGUUCCGGCGGCUGGGUGGUCCCCAGGCCAGUAGGAGUGGAAAGGUCCUGGCCAGCCCCCUGCAGAGGCUGGGGAACAAGACGGAGAUCGCCCACAGUGCGUUGUACCUGGCCAGCCCUUUGGCAUCCUACGUGACGGGUGCCCUGCUAGUGGUUGACGGCGGGGCGUGGCUGACGUUCCCUAAUGACAUCAAGUUGCUGGCGGAUUUCGCAUCCUUCUCUGCUAAACUCUAGGAGCUGGGUGACUUAGGCAAAGGAGGCGUUCUGAAGGGGUCGCUGGUCUGCAGCCUGCUCUUAGAUUCCUGGGACCUGCCUCUCAACCAGCUGAGAGCUCCGAACCGACCACCCCAGCAGUGCACCUGAAGCAGAGACUGACCCCUUUUCUGGGAGCUGUGCUGUGUCUACAUUCCCUCCCCAGGGCCCCAUUUCCCGUGCAUGAGCAGGAGUGACCAGGUAGUGAGGCCAGCAUGCUGACCUGCCCACACCACACAGAUGUGUGCCAGGGGGAGGUUGGUAUUCCAAGCUCAUGCAAGUGGAAAUGCAGCCAAGCUGCUGGGAUGUACCCCUGCCCCCAACCCAGGGUCAUGGGCUGUCCCGCUUGCUUGCCCAGUCCAGCCCCAGCCUGAAAUGGCCGCCUUUCUCCUGCCUGCGUCCAGUGGGUGCUUCAAGGUUCAAAGCCCUCAAAACUGUAGGUCCACCCCUUGGCUGGGCACACGGCUCCACCCCUCCUGGUUCCACCCCUCCUUGUAGGUACCACCUAUUUGCAUAAACAGGUCCUACAGCUUUGCCAGAAAAUGCGUUUUCUUAAAAAGUCAUCUUUUUACUUUAAAAAUAUUUAUUCUUUGGAUUUCACAAAAAUUUUCAUAAGGAAGAGGAAGACAAAAAGAAUCACUGGUGAUCUGGUCA